UCUGAAGUAGAUUGUAAACAUCUUAUAAGGAUUAACUUUGAAAACAAGAAGAAGAAUGUUGAAUAAUCAUCGAUAUAUUUGUUUCACUCUACUGUUUUUCACACUUGUGAUCACCUCAAACUAUAUAGUUGUUAUGCAAUCAACUGAAAUACAAAAGAAUUGUAAAUCUUGUAGAAAAACUACUAGAUGGAAAAAUGGUUUCUUGAAUACUGUUGCCAGAGAAUGUUUACAAGAUAAAUGUAUUGAAAGUAAUCAAACUAAAUCACCAUGGGUUAAUACAACAAAAUGUUGUGAUAAAAAAGAUUUGUGCAAUGAUUCUACACGAAUAACAUUUGAUCGUUUCAAUAGCCAAUUAAUUAUAACUGUUCUCAGUAUAUCAACAGUUUCUUGGAUAUGGUUUAAAUAA